AUGAGGUCUUGGCCGCUUUCAGCGGCCCUUUUGGGCGUGGCUGUCGCUAUGGAAGAGCCUUUGCCGAAGACUCUUCCAACAGAGGUGGUUCGUUCGUUGCCAACCAGUUUCCUCGACUUUGCUCCCUCCGCCCGGGCUGGAAAUAAGCACUCAAAUGUACAAUCACUGGAAGAUAUGUUCAGUGCUCUCCAAGUUCUACAAGGGGAUUAUUAUGACGCAGACUACGGAACUUGGCCCACUGCCAUCGACUGGACCGCUGCCUUUGCUCAAACUCUCCUCAGUGGAGCUUUGACAACACUGACAGAAUCUUUGGCAUCAUUUGAGCCUUCUAUCAGUUUCGCGCAAAAGGAAAAUCUCCUCAUGUCAUACUUUCACCAACUUGUGGGAUCGUACUAUGGCCAAGAUACCUUAUCUAUACGGGGUGAGGCAUACGAUGAUAUACUAUGGGUAGCUCUUGGCUGGUUAGAAGCCGUAGAAUUUGUGUCGACGCACUCAGCAUUGCACUACCCACCCAAUACCACAAACUCGACCGACCAUCAAUGCUUGCGCCAAGUCUUGCAAGACCUGCCCUGGCACGGCCACAGUUGGGUCCCAUCGUUCGCACACAGAUCUCGCAUUUUCUGGGGUCUGGCCUCACGGGGAUGGACUGACGACUUGUGCCAUGGCGGCAUGGUGUGGAACCCGAGGUUGAGUCCAUACAAGAACGCCAUCACUAACGAGCUGUGGAUCUCAGCGUCUAUAGCUAUGUAUCAAUACUUCCCCGGGGACAACUUUACUGCGCCGUGGCUGCAGCAGAGCGCAUUCCCCGACAGGGACCCAGCUCAUCUAGCUGGAGCGGUGGAGGGAUACAAGUGGCUUGUUGGGGUGAACAUGACCAAUAACCAGGGGUUGUUUGUGGACGGCUACCACAUUGACAGCCGCAAAGCGAACAACAGGGAAUGUGAUCUGCGGGAUGAGAUGGUAUACACUUACAACCAAGGUGUGAUACUCACAGGCCUGCGAGGACUCUGGUCGGUUACUGGAGCCCCGUCAUAUCUCACUGAUGGGCACAGGCUCAUCCAGGCGGUCAUCAACGCUACCGGAUGGGACUUUACUCGGAGCCAACCUGUGGACCAGUUUCGUUCUGGUUCUCUGCCGCCGUGGCGUGGCAUUGGCCGAGCGGGCAUUCUCGAAGAGAGGUGCGACGCCUCUGGUACUUGCUCUCAGGAUUCUCAGACGUUCAAGGCCAUCUUCUUCCACCAUCUCACGGCCUUCUGCAAGCCGAUCGAGACGUCCAAUGCCCACGGCAUAGACCAGAACCACACCGCAGCACUGCACAAGGGUGCGUGCGCUGAAUAUGUUGCCUGGACCAGGCACAACGCCGUGGCAGCCUUGGGCACUCGCAUCGAUGGCAAGUUCGGCAUGUGGUGGGGACCAGGGUUGUUUGGUAAUGUCAUGGCCACCAAGAGCAGCGACGGCAUUGACCACGACGCUGCGAAUACGACGGACUACAGAGACGAAGGCACGCCUGUAGAUCGCAUAUGGGGAAGGGAGCCAUGGUCUCCUGGAUCCGAAGGCGUCCUCAGACGCCAGGGCGCUGCGACGAUACAAGAAAACACAAACGUGAGAGAGAAAGUGCUGAGUCGCAUCCGCACCCUUGCUGGGCGACCACCCAAAGAAGGGAAUGAUCCCAACGCUCGAGGUCGUGGUCGGACUGUCGAGACGCAAAUGGGAGGGUUAGCUGUGCUGCGAGCGUACUGGGUCCUGUCGCGUUCUUCUGAAUCCAAAUGAGCGUAAUUAGAGUACGCGGGUGCGAUGUGAUGUCCGCUCCGCGAAUGCGAGUGCGGAUGCGACUGGAACCGCGACACCCCCAUUAGAGGUGGCGUUGAUUUCACAGCCAAGGACCGCAUUCGCUUCAGAAGCAUCUAAUGAGGUCAGAGUCGCAGAGAAAGCAAAAUCAUCAUGACCCGAGGCGGAUCAAUCGCUGUAUAUCUAUACCUGCUCGAGCUGUGGACUGCGUGAUGGGCUGCACAGAUUGCACACUCGCAUUCCUGUUCAUCAGCGGCCAGUUCUUAAGAACUUACCACCAAUAACAUUCGUGCACCGGCUUUUCCAACGCAUUACCGACAAAGAUCAUACCGUGCCUCGCAAGAUGUGAGUAUUCCUGCAGC